AUGGAGUGGGUCAAUGAUACAGUUGUGAGAGAGUUUGUCUUCCUGGGCUUCUCUUCUCUUGUUGGGUUGCAGCGGCUGCUCUUUGUUGUCUUCCUUCUACUCUACCUCUUCACUCUGUGCACCAAUGCCAUCAUCAUUUCCACCAUUGUACUCAGUAGAACCCUUCACACACCCAUGUACUUCUUCCUUGCUGUCCUCUCCUGCUCUGAGACCUGCUACACUUUCGUCAUUGUACCCAAGAUGCUUGUUGACCUGCUGGCCCAGAAGAAGACCAUAUCCUUUCUGGGCUGUGCUAUCCAGAUGUUUACUUUCCUCUUCCUUGGCUGUUCCCACUCCUUCCUGCUGGCAGCCAUGGGUUAUGAUCGCUAUGUUGCCAUCUGUAAACCACUGCACUAUACAGUGUUCAUGGGACAUGAGGUAUGCGUGGGACUAGUGGCUGCUGCCUGUGCCUGUGGCUUCACUGUCUCCCUGGUCACAACCUCACUGGUAUUUCAUCUGCCUUUCCACUCCUCCAACCAACUGCAUCACUUCUUCUGUGACAUUUCUCCUGUCCUCAAGCUUGCAUCUCAUCACUCCCGCCUGAGUCAGAUGGUCAUAUUCAUGCUUGGUGUUUUUGUCCUGGUAAUUCCACUGCUACUUAUACUGAUCUCAUAUAUCCAUAUCAUUGCUGCCAUUCUAAAAAUCCAAUCCUCUGCGGGAAGAUACAAGGCCUUCUCCACCUGUGCCUCCCAUCUCAUUGUGGUAACUGUUCACUAUGGUUGUGCCUCGUUCAUCUACUUAAGGCCUAAGUCCAAUUACUCUUCAAGCCAAGACACUUUGAUAUCUGUGUCUUACACCAUCCUCACUCCAUUGUUCAAUCCGAUGAUUUACAGUCUAAGAAAUAAGGAGUUCAAAUCAUCUCUUCAAAGAGCAAUGGGCCAGACUUCAUUUCCUGUGAAUUAA